AUGAGCCAACAAUUCAAACCAGAUACGAGGGGAUUCGAAGUAGCCGAGUACUUCCCCGAGCGAGCCCGAAACAAAACCUUCCUUCUGGCAGGCUUCGUUGGCAGCGAACUCGCCGCCACAACGGCCGACGCCCUCGCCCACGGUGGCGCAGCCUGCGUGAUCUUCACCGGCCGUUCCCAAAUCGAAGUCGAACCCGUCAUCACGCACAUGAACCGCAACCACCCACAGACCAAAAUCCUCUUCGUCACCGCCGACACGGCCAGUCUAUCCAACAUGCGCGAAGCCGCACGGGUCAUCAAGGGCCUCGGCGUCCCCAUUGACGGUAUUGUCUGCUAUCCAAACGUUAUGGCGGCAGAUUGGGAGAAGACGGGGGAUGGAAUUGAGUCGCAUUUUCAGAAUAACUAUCUCGCAUAUUUUGUGCUUGUUAAUUCGUUGUUGGAGAUUAUGUUGCCUGGUUCAAGGGUCGUGUUGAUGACGACGAGUGUGAGGCGGGAGGCGCCGGCGCCAAGGUGGGAGGAUAUCAAUUUCGCGAAUGGCGAGACGUAUCACUCUUUGGAUGGGUACUCGCAAUCGAUGUUUGCGAAUAUCUUGUUCGCCAAGUCGCUGGCGCAGAUAUGUGCUGAAAAAUCAGUCGCUGCCUUUUCUGUGAAUCCUGGGAAUACCAAGACCAACGUACAGACGUACAUCUCGCCCGAAGAUGUCGCAUCGUGGCUACAGCGAAAGAAAAGAGCUGGCGAGGACCUGCCCAUCCUGCUUCAACAGGCCCCGAAAUCACUCUCGCAAGCAAGUGCCACCAUUCUCCGGGGCCUGCUUGACCCGAUGCUUGAAGACCAAUCUGGCGCAUUCCUAGACAACUGCGAAGUCCUGUCGCUGCCAUACCUCGAUUUCCCCAUGGGCCAAGAAAGUGCCACAGCGCUAUGGAAGCAAAGCGAAGUGUUCGUUGAAGCAGCCGGGUUAACACAAGUUGUUUAG